CUCCGGUGGAGACGCUCCGAAACACUGGAGCAACGUCAACAUCAUCAUCAUCAUCAUCAUCUGUACGGGAAAAUAUUUGAACGGAACUGAGAAAAAUAUAUUUUGCGGAGGAGAAAAGACUGAUUUUUUUCUUCAUUUAUGCGUAAAAGUGUUUUGGUUGAGUUAUUAAUUAACUGGAGAGGAAUAUCGGCUACGUGCUGAUAUUCACUGGAUGGACUUUGCGCACUGGAUGGUUUUGCGCUCUUCUCUUCAAGCACCAAAAACCGGAUUUAGGAGUUAAUUGGAGAUUUUAAAUCACAGUGCUCUGCUGCUGCAGGGGGACUUUGCUCUUUUCCCCCCGCACAUAAACAGUUGUUUUCCCAGCUGACAUCAUUUUCCAUCGGAUCCCAGUCAGAGACGUAUCUCGCGGCUCUGGCGGACACUUUGCUGUCUUCUCCAACUGAAACGGGUUUGAUGGAAACAUGACCAAAGCUGUUCUCUUACACAGACUCCCCUUCCACCUGCUCCCUCUGCUGCUGCUGCUUCAUGGCUCUCCGGUGUGUGCGUCCGCGCAGCAUGGGCACCCAGCGCGCUACUUCGGACACAUAGCGGAGAACUCCCCGGCUGGGACGCGGGUAUCCGGGGUGCUGCUGCCGCUGGGAGCCGCCGGCUGCCCCGGCGUGGACCUGAACGCCAGCCUGCUGGGGGAUUACGCGUCCGAUUUCCGGCUUAUUCACUACCACGGCCACCGGGACCACCGCCACCUGGGGUUGGUCUCCGCCAAAGCUCUGGACCGGGAGUUCAUAGCGAUGUACGAGCUGACGGUGCAGCUGCCGCCGCGCUGUCAGAGGAGAGCGGCCGCCGUGCAGGUGGAGGUGUCGGACAGGAACGACAACGUCCCCCGGUUCACCGGCGGGAACCAGACGGUGGAAGUGCACGAGCUGACGCCGCUCGGCACCGAGCUGGCUCGCUUCGGCGCUAAAGACGGGGACGCGGAGAGGAACGGCCGCGUCACGUUUUACGCGGCGCCGCAGUCUCCGCUGCUGCACGUGGUUCCACAGACGGGGCAGGUGAAGUUGGUCGGGUCCCUGCUGGGGGUCAGCCGGUUGACGCUGCGGCUGUACGUGAGGGACGGCGGGGAUGUGGCGCUGACGGGAGAGCCGGUGUUCCUGCGCGUCAACGUCCGCCGCUCCGGCGGAGCGAGAGCUCGGCGGAGGCUCCGCGCGCUAACCGAGGAGCUGAGCUACACCGUUACCGUCCCGGAUAACAGCAGAGUCGGGGAUCUGGUGUUCACGGUGCCAGACCAGAGGUUCGAGCAGCGGCGGUUCGAGGUGAUUUCCGAGCCCGACUCUCCGGUCCAGAUCGAGCGGGACUCGGGGCGUCUGUACCUGGCGCGCAGCCUGCGCGAGCCCGCAGAGGUGGCGGUGAAGAUCCAGAACCUCCGAGGUGACGAGUGGUACCUGUGCAGGUUAACUCUGAGCAUGCCCAGCCAGGCCGACCUGCAGUGGGCCAUGUUUCCCUCGCCGUACCUCGCCGCUGUGGGUCCUGACGCCUCGCCCGGCUCUGUAGUGUACCGACUGUCAGCGCGGCAACGAGACGGGAUGCUCGGACAAGCCCAGUUCCUCCUACUAGACAGUGGGGAGGAGUGCUUCGAGGUGGACCGUCGCUCCGGUGAGAUUAGGACCACGGGACGACCUCUGACCCCCAGUAAGGAGUACCUUCUGCGGGUGCAGGCGAUGGACGGGAGUGGUCGCAAAGGCACGCCGGCCACAGUGGCCAUCCUGGCCGGCUACCGGCCGCCGCAGUUCACCAAUGCCACCUACAGCCUGGAUGUACCGGAGAACACGCCUGUCGGACAACCUGUCUCGGUGGUUCAGGCCGUCUCCUUCCAGAAGAAGAGUCUGUCCUACAUGCUGCUGGUGAAUCCUGGGAAUCUGUUCAGCAUCAACCAGGAGAGUGGAGCGCUCAGCCUCACCAGGACGGUGGACUACGAGAGUGGACACAACCUCCACACCCUGCAGGUCCGCGCCUCCGAACCCGACACCGGCCUCAGCGGCGUGGCAGAGGUUGUCGUCCACGUAACGGAUGAAAACGACUGCACGCCGGAGUUCCUCCACUCCAUCUACACCAGAGACAACAUACCUGAGAGCAUCGCGCCGGGAAGCUCCCUGCUGCAAGUCCUGGCCCGGGACGGGGACUCGGGCGUGAACGCGGAGCUCUCGUACUUCGUCCACGGCGGCGACUUUGACAUCACGUCGGGGGGCGUGGUCAGCCCCGCUCGUCGCCUGGACUACGAGCGACCCAAUCACAUCUACGAGUUCGUGGUGGUCGCCGUGGACGCGGGGACGCCCCCCCGCACGGGCACCGCCUCCGUCCGCAUCCGGGUCGCCAACAGCAACGACGAGGCGCCCGUCUUCUCCCAGAGCGCUUAUAAGACGUUCCUCAGUGAGGAUGCCGGUCCAGACACGCUGGUCGCCAUCGUUCACGCCAACGACCCGGACGGAGACGGCGUCUCUUACGCCAUCACCGGCGGCAACGAGGAUAGCAACUUCCUGCUGGACAACCAGAAGGGCAUCAUCAAGCUGCGGAGGAGCCCCCCUCCGAGGCUCCGGGGGCCGCAGUACGUUCUCAACAUCACCGCCACCGACGACAACGCGUCCGGUGGACCGUACCCGCUCAGUAGCUCUGCCCAGGUCAUCGUAGGAAUCAACGACAUCAACAACAACAAACCGCUUUUCCAGGAGUGUCAUAACUACAGUCUGAACGCGGUGGUCCUGGAGAACCAGCCGCCGGGGACGUUUGUCCUGCGCGUCCAGGCCCACGACGCCGACAUGGGCGUCAACGGAGAGGUCAAAUAUGGCAUCAUGCACAGAGACGGAGUGUCGUCCGGGUUCGACAUCGAUCCUGACACCGGUGUGAUUGCCUCGACGGUGAGUUUCGACCGGGAGCGUCAGAGGGAGUACACGCUGUCGGUGACGGCCACGGAUCAGGCCGAGGAGCCGCUCAUCGGGAUCUGUCAGAUCACCGUCCUCAUCGCCGACCAGAACGACAACGACCCCAAGUUUGAAAACAGCCGCUACCAGUACUUCCUGCGGGAGGACACUCCGGUGGGAACUAGUUUCCUGCGAGCGGCGGCGCACGACGACGACCAGGGAAGCAACGCGGCCAUCACCUACUCGCUGUCCAAUCAGAAGCCAGCUUACCUGCACGUCAACCCCAGCACGGGCUGGAUUUACGUCAACCACCCCAUCUCACAGACGUCCAGGAUCAACCAGCAGAUCGUGGCGUCGGACGGAGGGAACCGCAGCAGCUCCGUGGAGCUGAGCGUCAUCAUCACAAACGUCCACAACCAGCCGCCGCACUGGGAGCAGCCCGAGUACUGGGUCACCGUGCCGGAGAACACCGCGCGAGACGCCAAGAUAGUGACCAUCAAGGCGACGUCACCGCUCGGGGACCCCCGGGUCACCUACAACCUGGAGGAGGGCCAGGUGCCGGAGACCAACAUGCCGGUGCGCUUCUACGUCAAGCCCAACCGGGCGGACAGCUCGGCGUCCAUCCUGGUGGCCGAGAACCUGGACUACGAGAGCACGCGCUUCUUCACGCUCCGAGUGCGAGUCCAGAACGUCGCCGCCGUGCCGCUGGCGUCCUUCACCACCGUCUACGUCAACGUGACAGACGUGAACGACAACGUUCCUUUCUUCCUGUCGUCCACCUACGAGGCCACGGUCCCCGAGGGAGCCGAGGUCGGCACGUCGGUGGCUCAGGUGUCGGCCACGGACCUGGACUCCGGUCUGCACGGGAUGGUCCACUAUGUGAUCCUGAAGGAUGAGAGCGGCGACUCUCAGUUCUUCAGCAUCGACUCGCGCAGCGGCGCCAUCGUCACCCGAGCGUCCUUCGACCGCGAGCAGAAAGCCUCCUACCUGAUCGAGGUCCAGUCACAGGACGGCUCCGAGUCGGACAGACCAGGACAGCAGGGACACCCCAACACUGACACGGCGUACGUCAGGAUCUUCGUCGCCGACGUCAACGACAACGCCCCGGCGUUCGCCCAGCCGGUGUACGAGGUGAGCGUGGAGGAAGACAAAGAGGUCGGCUUCGUCCUCAUCACCGUCACCGCCAACGACGAGGACGAAGGCGCCAACGCCAAGCUGCGCUACCAGAUCACGUCCGGAAACGCGAUGGGGACCUUCGACGUGGAGCCCGAGGUGGGCACUGUCUUCGUGGCCCAGCCGCUGGACUACGAGAUGGAGCAGCGCUACGAGCUGCGGCUGGUCGCCUCCGACGGCAAGUGGGAGAACGAGACGCUGGUGGUGGUUCAGGUGGUCAAUCGCAACGACGAGGCGCCCGUCUUCAGCCAGACGGAGUACCACGCUGCCGUGACGGAGGAGCUCACCCAGCUGCCUGUGUUCAUGCUUGAGGUGUCAGCCACCGAUCCGGACCAAGACGCCGACCAGACGGCCCUGCGCUACUCCCUCCACGGCCAGGGCGCCGGCGGAGAGUUCACCAUUGACGAACACACUGGAAGAAUCCACGCCCAGCGGCGCCUGGACCGCGAGGAGCGCCCGGCCUGGAGGUUCCUUGUCCUUGCCACGGACGAGGGAGGAGCAGGACUCACAGGAUUUGCCGAUGUGCUGUUGGAGGUCCGAGACGUCAACGACAACGCACCCUUCUUCCCGUGCCCAGCUAUGGAGGUAGACGGAUGUUUUGUCGGCCAAGUGCCUGAAAAUUCGCCUGCCGACACCUCCGUCAUGGAGAUGCGCGCCAUGGACCUGGACGACCCCAACGAGGACAAGAACGCCGUGUUGACCUACAGCAUCAUCAAGAACGUACGCAACAAGAUUAACCUCAACCUGUUCUCCAUCAACGCCAGCACAGGGACCAUCUACACGGUUCUCCGUUCCCUGGACCGGGAGGCGGAGGAACGGUAUCUGGUGGUGGUUGAGGCCAGGGACGGAGGGGGUUUGGCGGGAACAGGGACAGCCACAAUCAUGAUUUCAGACGUCAACGAUCACCCGCCCGUCUUUACUCAGAAGAUCUACACCGCUCAGAUAACAGAGGACCUGGAGGUGAACAGCGAGGUUCUCGUUGUUUCUGCCACAGACGGCGACGAGGGUGAGAACGCCGUGGUAACCUUCAGCAUCGUCGGGGGCGACGAGGACAGGAAGUUCUUCGUGGAGACUGACAAAGUGAACCGUCGCGGCGUGAUAAAACUCAAGAAGAAGGUUGACUUCGAGAAGCCCCGCGAGAGGACUUUCAAUCUGACCCUGAAGGCCGAAGACGCGGACUUCUCCAGCCUGGCGUAUUGCCUCGUUCAGGUGGAAGACUCCAAUGACCACGCCCCCGUAUUUUUCCCACAAUUCUACGAGUCGCCAGCCAUGUCCGAAGACGUUCCUGUGGGGACAAUCAUUGCUCAGGUUACAGCUUCUGAUCUUGACUCGGGCCAAAACGGACGCUUCUCUUACAGUAUUUCAAAAGAGUCGGACCCUCACGCUCAGUUUCUGGUGGACCAGUCCGGUUGGGUGGUAGUGGCCGAUUCUCUCGACAGGGAGAAAAUCUCGCAGCACAGGAUCAUGGUCCUCGCCACAGACGCCGGGAGUCCUCCGAUGACUGGCACUGCCAUCGUCGUCGUAACCGUACUCGACAUCAAUGACAACGGGCCUGAGUUCGAGGUCCCCUAUGAGCCUAUCGUUUGGGAGAACGCGGCGGCUCCGCAGGUGGUUCGGAUGAACGAAACCUCCCUCCUCCUCCACGCCACCGACCGGGACACGUCCACCAACGGCGGGCCGUUCUCCAUACGGCUUCUCAUGCUCACCUCGGACGCCGCCAACUUCAAUUUGACAGACUUUCGAAACGGCAGCGCGUCCAUCACCGCCCUCCGGACCUUCGACCGCGAGCGGCAAAAGGAGUACCGCCUCCCGAUUCUCAUGAUUGACAGCGGCUCACCGCCGAUGAGCUCCACCAGCACGCUGACGGUCGUCAUUGGUGACAGGAACGACCACCCUCACUCACCAGGACACACCCACUUCAUCGUCUACAGUUAUGAGGGUAUUCUCCCGACGACGGUGCUCGGACGAGUUCAAUCCCCCGACCUUGAUGACUGGAGCGAGAAGGUGUACCGGUUCGAAGGCAAACCAUCCAGGUGGUUCAGUCUGAACCAGAGCUCCGGUAGGCUCAGCAUCAGGGAGGGGGCUCCUCCGGGAUCGUACCAGCUGCAGGUGCGCGUGUCGGACCACACCUGGCCCGACGCGACCUCCACGGCUCAGGUAGAUGUCAGGGAGCUGCAGAAGGACGCCCUGAUGAACGCCGCCUCCCUCCGCAUCAACAAUCUGACGGUGGAGGAGUUUUUCAGCAGCAGAGGAGGUGAAGAGAGUCGAUUCUCCCGUCUGGGUCGGAUGUUAGCUGAACUCCUGCAGACAUUGCCGGAAAACGUCCAGAUCUUCUCUGCAGGCGACGCCAGCCAGCGCGGCGUGAAGGCGCUCAACGUGUGGUUUGCCGCUCACGGCUCGCCGUACUACAAGGCAGAGAAGCUGCACGGCUACGUGGCAGCAAACACAGCCAAGUUGGAGGCCAUGUUGGGGGUGUCAAUCCUUCAGGUGGGCAUUGACGAAUGUCCCUACACAGACUGCAGUGUGUCCGGAGGCUGCAGCAGCGAGGUUUCAUUCAGCCAGGCCCCGGUAGCUCUCAGCACCGGGAACACCUCUCUUGUGUCGAUGUCUGCCUCAUCAACAGCACGAUGCGGCUGCCGAGGCCGAGAGGCGAUUCACCUGCCCUGCGCCGCCUACCCCACCAACCCCUGCCUCAACGGGGGCACCUGCCAGGACGGGCCACUGGGAUAUGGGUGUAAGUGUCCUCCCAUGUUUGACGGGCCUGAGUGCCAGCAGACCAAACACAGCUUCGGCGGCCAGGGCUAUGCCUGGUUUCCUCCCAUCAUGCCUUGCUUUCAGAGCCACAUAUCCCUGGAGUUCCUGGCUGAGGCGGCGAACGGGCUUCUCCUCUACAACGGGCCGCUCGGCCCCGCCCACUCUGGGGAGCAGGAGGACUUCAUCGCCGUAGAGUUGAGGAACGGCAUUCCAUCACUGAGUAUAAACCACGGAUCAGGAACACUGACCCUGCAGCUCCCACCCAAGUCCACCAUCAACGACCGCCGCUGGCACCGCCUCGACAUCGUCAGCGACGGAAAGGCUGUCCAGCUGACCCUGGACCAGUGUGGGGGGGCGGCAGUGAACGAGUUGGAGGGUGUCAGCGGGGACACUCAGGAGACGGACGAGUCCGGCUGCAGAGCUGCAGGAGAGACGCCAGGAAACCAGAGGUAUCUGAACGUCUUCCAGCCUCUUCAGUUGGGAGGAAUGAAGGAAACGUCUCCGCAUCGGCGUUACCGCAGUUUCACCGGCUGCAUCCGAAACCUGGUGGUCGACAGUCAGGUGUACGACCUGGCGUCUCCAGGUGAGAGCGUGGACAGCGCCCCGGGGUGCAGGCUGACCGACGGGGUGUGUGUGACUGUGGCCGGUCCCUCCUGCGGCACUUACGCCUCCUGCCUCGCCGACUGGGGCUCCUUCAGCUGCGAGUGCCACCCAGGAUACAAGGGACACAAGUGUGACAGCGCCGUCCCAGAGUUCUCCUUCGACUCGGGCAGCGUUGUGCGUUAUCAGCUCAGAGGAGGCGGCAGCUCUCGCCGCACAAACGUCCAGCUGCUCCUCCGAACCAGAGCCACCUCGGGCACCCUGCUCUCCGUGACGUCCCGGGAUGCCAGCGAGUACAUCGUCCUGGAGAUCAUGGAGGGUCACCUCUCUGUUCGGGCCAACCUGGGCGACGGUGCCCACGCCCUGCGGCUCCCCGGCCAGCGGCUGGACAUCGGCCAGUGGGUCCUGGUCGGCCUCGUUCGCCAUGACAACCUCUUCACCCUGCGGCUGGAGCAGGGCGGGGGCUCGCGGGAGGUCCGGGCCCGGCUGGGGAGCCGCAGGGAGAUGGUGGUUCACCCGGCCAGCGUGAUGGUCGGCAACGGGCCGACUGCUGGAGAGAAGGCCGACUUUCAGGGCUGUCUGCGGGACGUUCGUUUCAACGCUCAGGUCCUGCCUCUGGACGGGCAGAGCCGGGACUUGGUGACGGUGCUGGAGAGGCGGGGCGUCACCUCGGGGUGCUCUAGCGACGCCUGCAGCAGCCAGCCGUGCCUCAGCCCGCUGCGCUGCAUCGACCUGUGGAGGAAACACCAGUGCAGGUGCCCCGGUGGUCAGGUGACAGUGACAGAUGACUCCGGGCAGCAGCGCUGCGUGCCUUCGCCCUGCCGACCGUCUUCCUGCCGUAACGGUGGCACGUGCCAGGCGCUGUCGCCCGACACGUACCAGUGCCGCUGUCAGGAGGGGUUCAGGGGUCAGCGCUGUGAGCUGGGGCAGGUUAAAGGUCACCGGCUGGCCACCCUCAGCCCCAGCUCCAUCCUGGCCAUCAGCAUGUGUCUGCUCGUCUUCUUCGCGGUGCUGGUGGCGGUGACGGUGUGGAACCAGAAAGGCAGCCGUAACAAGUUCAGGAAGCGAGGAGUUUACCACAUCCCCGCUGAACACGAGAGCUGGGAGGACAUCCGAGAAAACAUCCUCAACUACAACGAGGAGGGAGGGGGGGAGCAGGACCAGAAUGGAUAUGACAUCACCGAGUUGAAGCGCCCGCUGUGCUCCAGUCUGUCCCAGUCCUCGUCUUGCACCACCGCCCUGCUCAUCAAAUCCUCACCCGGUUCGCAGGAGGAGGUUCACCCGUCCGGCUCCUCCUGCAGCUCCGGUGCUCCCUACCUCAGCAUCCCGAACCACCACCACCACCACUACCAGCACGCCACCGCCAACAACUAUGCCGGCGACGCCACCUACGCUAACUACACCCCUCAUGUAGGCAGGGACAUCCCGCCGGAGACGCGGGACGGUUACGCGGACGCCCCGUCGGGGUCACGCUCUCACGUGGACUUUAAAAGCUACGUAGCGCGAAUCAUCUGGGAGGCGGACAACGACGGCGAGGCGAUGCAGCCGGACGGCUACCAUGUCUGGUGCGUGGAAGGCUCCGGGUCAUCGGCAGGAAGCCUCAGCUCGCUGGGGUCUGCCACGUCACGCAGAGACAUUGUCGGCGGGGACGACGCCGAUGAUGAAGAAGGCGGAGGAGGGUUUGUUUGCGACAGGCUGUCGCGCUGGGGCCCAAAGUUCCAGGCUCUGAGCGAGAUGUACGACCGGCCCCAACUGGCCCUCACGUACAGGGACGCCGUGGCGUACAUACAGCGGAGCCACAGCCACGACCCGCUGCCCCACCACCACUAGGGAGCGCUACACGGACAGUUACAGAGCUCAACAGUGACUGCACAUGGCUCUGGUUCCGGAUAGGGCUGGGUACCGAAUUCGACUUUUAUAGGCACCCACCGGAUUGCCUCUGAAGUAUCAUGUAUGAAGUCAUUCAAUACCAAAUUUCAAUACCUAAAGGAGUAAAUCUCAUCAGCGUCAGUGAGCCAAUAAGCAUGCAGCAUGCUUCUACCAA